CUGGCGGCGCUCAGCGGCGGCCGCUACCGCGUCAAGGUCACCCAGCAGCGGCCGGGCGACGCGCGCGCGGCGCCGCCCAACUGCCUGCAGUACCUGCAGGGCGUGCGAGGCACGCUGCGCAGCUUCAACUACAACGGAGGCUCCUACACGAACGACCUCAACUACGCCAUUUGCAUCCGGAAGGAGCCCGGCUACUGCAGCAUCACGUACUCCGUGCGCUCGGACAACGGCACCGAAUCCGACUUCCAGCUCGUGAACGUGGACGCAGGAGAGCAGUAA